AUGCAGGAGAUGGAGUUUGUAGCACUUUCCGGCGGUGGGACGCGCCCUCCACUAACAAUGGAAGAACGGAUUGGUGGAUGUAUAUACGAGUAUACGGACGUUGAAGUCAUGAUAAACGAGCAACGAGGAGCUCGGCCGGUAAGUUAUUGCCCCUAAAAUUUUGGAGGGCCCUUUCUUAUUGCUUCAUUUUAAAAUUUUAGGUUCCGUUUGCGGGUAUGGACAAAUCUGGUCGUGGAGUUUGUAUAAAGUUCAGUCGUGAUCCAAAUAGUUGCACAUUAGGCCUAUUAUGCCCGCUGCGGCAUCUGAUCGGCGAUAAGCAGGUGGUAUGCAAACAUUGGCUUCGAGGGUUGUGUAAAAAGGGAGAUCAAUGCGAAUUCUUACAUGAAUAUGAUCUAAGUAAAAUGCCCGAAUGUUAUUUCUUCUCCCGAUACAGUAAGUUGGAUUUUCUGGUAUAUUAUACUUUCUUUUAGUGGCCUGUUCGAAUAAGGAGUGCCCGUUCCGACAUAUUGAUCCGGACAGUAAGAUCAAAGAUUGUCCUUGGUACGACCGAGGUUUCUGCAGGCAUGGUGAGUAUUUUUGAUUAUUUCUUUUGGUUUUUAGGCCACAAGGAUUAUCGAUUUAUUGCUUCAGGUCCCUACUGCAAGCACCGACAUCGUCGGCGUGUCCUUUGCCCCCUCUAUUUGGCUGGUUUUUGUCCCAAAGGCAAAGAAUGUAAACUUGCCCAUCCAUCUUUCGCGAUUCCUCAGAUUGAUCGAACUGCUGGUCCGGUUUUCAAAGUCAACACGGCUAUAACAUGUCACAACUGCCAUGAACGAGGGCACAAAGCCGGAAAUUGCCCACAUUUACCGAACAUGGGACAACAAUCUUUCGAUUCGACAUUCCAAAGUAAUGGUGAUACCGAAAGGAAAUCAUUGCAAGAAGUGGUCUGCUUUAAGGUAAGGACUUUGGAUUUGGAAUUUUUGGAUAUAUUUAGGCCAAAUCUCUCUUAUUUAUACUGUUCAUGCUUUGUUAGAUUAAAAUUUUGACAUCAGUUUAUAUUAUCCAUGAUAAAAAAUUUUUAAAACUUUUAUUUUUUAGUGCGGAGAAAAGGGCCACUACGCUAACCGGUGCAGUAAAGGCGCUCUCGCUUUUCUCUCACAAAAUCAACACCAGAUCAGUGCUCAAUAACUUAUUUAUUAUCGUUGUUUAUACCUCUUGUUAUAAUAGUUACAAUUUUGUUGAUAAUAAAAAGAAGAGAUCUCUAUUUUCUAUCCCAGUUUGUAUGAAAAGGUUGAUUCAAUAAAUACUGAAUAUUUGAGAUCGAUCUUUUGUCGAAAAAUGAAAAUUUUUGAACUAUUUCAGAGAUGACGUCAAGGAGAAGGUAAUCAUGGUAAAUUCGAUAUUAAAAGCAAUUGAGAAGGCCUCCAAAAGCCGAGAAUUUAAUAGCUUGAUCACAGAGACCUUCGAUUUGGCAAAGAAACAGGCCGAAGAGCAUGUGAAAAAUGGGAAACGACCGUUUAGUGUGGUCAUCAAGGAUAAUUUUGCGUGAGUUGAUGAAAUUUCUUGCAAGAAAUGUUUCAAUUUUACUGAAGUUUGGGAGAAAAUCAGAAUAAAACUUUUUGUGACAUUUUUGGACGAUUUGGCUCGCGAUUUGCAGAAAAAACAAUUUUUGUCUGACCGACUCUCCUCAUUUUGUGUGCUCUCUCAACAAAAGUUCCAUAUCUCCGCUGCGGGUGAAGAGGCUUGGCUAAUGUUUUGAGGGGUUGAUAUGUGACCUAUGAUGAGUGUCUAGGCCAAGUUUGAGGACAAUCGAAAAAAAUUUGAGGUACCUCAAAAAAAUUUUUUUUUUGUUUUUGAUGGUUUUUGAUUUAAAAAUUUAUCGUUUUUCAGUGUGGAAGAUGUGAAGAUGACCUGUGCCUCAAAGAUGCUCGAAAAUUACAUCGCUCCAUACACGGCGACGAUCGCUUCGCGGCUUUUCGCCGCCGGCGGAUGCUUGAUCGGCAAGGCGAAUAUGGACGAAUUUGGAAUGGGCUCCUCCUCGAUUAACUCGCACUUCGGACCGGUCGGGAACCCGAGAGAUCGGGAAAGGAGAGAAAAUGACUUCCGAGUCGCCGGCGGAAGCUCUGGUGGAUCGGCGGUGGCUAUCGCUGAAGGCUUCGCUGAUGUGUAAGUUGAUAUUUUUAGUGGCUGAAAAGGUGGGGAAAAUUUUUUUGUGGAAAGUGUGAAGGACUUAUGAAUAAAAUUUUUGACCAAUUUUUGCUGAAAAAUUCGAGAAAUUCAAUUUUUUUAAAAAUGAGAGAUUAUGGAAAACGAGGAGACGGUUAGAGAAAACCAAUUUUUUGAUGUUAUCCUUGAAGAUUUCAGCUGGAAAAACACGUUUUUUUGUAGGAAAUUUAAAAGAGUGGACUCCGAAUUUUCAUUUUGAAAAUCGAUUUUUUUUAAUUUUCAUUCUUCUCGACCAAAAAUUAAAAAAAAAUUAGUCAUAUACUCCCGGACAUAAAUUUCUGACCACCCAUAUCUCAAGUCAAUAUAACGCAAUCGCUUUGAAACUUGGCACGUAUACUAGUCAUGACAGACAGAAUGUGCCACAUAAAAUUGUUUUUCGUGUCUCUGUCCUUAGGCGAGUUAUGCCGGUUUUUUCAAAAAUUGGUGGACAAAACUUUCUGAUCACCUAAAAUAACUAAAGUUUUCUCAGCCUCCUUGAGUAAGCGACAUGGUUCAGUUAUCUUCGAACACUAUUAAGGGACCUACAAGGAUGAUGGGUAUGCUUUUUACCACCAAAUUCGGCGUGUGCCCUCAAGCAACUCGUAUUCUUGCAGCGCUCUUUUUCUCGUUAAAAUCACGCCCUAUGCGGCAAGGACGACUUUUUUGUUUCAGUAAAAGUAAUAAGGAACUCAUUGGAGGUAGUGAUACAAGAUCUUACUACACUGCAAUGUGAAAUAUGCCAUUAACGCCUUAAGCAAAUCACCUAGGAGUAGCCGAUCUCUGAAUAAUUGAUCAUAACCGCAGGCGUUUUUAUUAAAUCAGUCUAGAAAUCCCCUACAGUACUCUUUGGUGAAUACUGAAGAACUGGGAUAGUAAUCUCCCGUUAUCUUCGCAUUUCGUGCGCGCACUAACGCAAAAGUCCAAAAAAGCGCAACUUUUCCGAUUUUGUAAUUACAAAAUGGUCAAAUUUUGCCAAAAAAUCCUCAAGUUUGCGUUAUCGCGUAAUUUCACCCCGAAAUUUCAUGAGGCCGGGUCAGCACUAAUAUAACUUUAUUCUUCAUUGUAUAGGGCUAAGCCAUGUUUAAUUUCAGCCAGUUUGGGCUGAUUCUGAAAAAGUUACAGGCCGCUAAAGUCCGGCCGGCUGGUCAGUUUUGUAAUGAUUUUGCACAUGCUUGAUGAAAUCCUUAACAUCCCUCGGUAUGAUGGACGGAGAUUGACCAUGUGUGAUCAAUUACAGAAUCUUGUACGUUUUUUAUCCUUCUAGCCCACCUCGAGCCGUCGUAUACUAACCAAAUCGCGUAAUGCGCAGAAUGCACAACCCCUUGCGACGUAUGUUACUACUCCUCGAUUUUUUUCCGUAAAUAUAUGCGGUACGUCUGUGCUAUGCAGUAUAAGCAGUUUUAGCCCCGUGGCAAACAUUUUUCGGCAGUUGCGAACAAUUUACCUAAGUGAUCAGAAAAUUCUGUCCACCCUUUUUUUGAAAAUGUCGAAAAAACUGCCCUUAAAGUGCAAGGAUGGAAAGUUCCGUUUUACCAAAUGUUUUGCACCUCUUCUUGAAAGUGCAGUUAAAAUUUGGAACAUGUAGCUCAAUUAACAGCCCAGUUAAAGGGUGGUCAGAGAGAUAUGUCCGGGAGUAUAGGACGAGCUAAAAUUCUUGCAUAAAAGAUUAUGCUAGACCGAACGCAAGCUCACAAAGAAAAAAUAUUUUUUACAGUUCCAUCGGAAGUGAUACCGGAGGAUCGACCAGAAACCCGGCCUCGUUUUGUGGAGUCUUCGGGUUCAAGCCGUCCUAUGGCCUGAUGAGUCGAUAUGGCCUGGUACCCUUGUGCAAUGCAUUCGACACCCCGUCUUUCUUCACCCACUCCGCGGAGGAUGCUCAGAAAUAUUUUGGUGAGAUUUUUUUGAUCUUUUUUUGAUUCUGGCUCUUGAAUUUUGAUAAAACUUGGGAAGUCUUGACAUGUUUAUGCACCGUGCGUUUUUUGGCCCGCGUUUGGAAAAAAUAAACGACAUUUUUUGAUCAAAUCAGUUUGAAAAUAAAACUUUUUUUUGGUUUGGAAAUUUUAUAGACUUGUUAGAAUAUUUCAACAAAAUCUUUAUUUUUUCACCAUAAAAUUGGCAAAAAAUCAAAAAAAAAAAAAAAAAAAAAAAAAAAAAAAAUUUCAAAUUUUUUAAAAUUUUCAGAAAUUUGCCUCGGAAAAGAUCCUCGUGACCUGACCAGCCUGGAUUUGCCCCCAAGCACUGCCGAUGACCUUCCGCAAUCCCUAAAAGGCAUCAAAAUCGGUAUUCCAAAGGAAUUCCACAACGAUUAUGUCUCCGACGACACCCUCAAGUUGUGGCGUCAUGCCGUUAGCCGGCUCCGCGAAGCCGGCGCCGAAGUUGUGGAGGAGGUCUCACUGCCCAACUCACCGUAUUCUCUGAGUUGCUAUCACAUCUUGACGGCGUCGGACGUCCAAUCCAAUAUGGCCCGAUAUCUGGCCAUCUUUUAUGGCCAUAGAAGUGAGAGCGAAGGGGAUUCGUUCCAAGAGAUGAUCGCGAGAUCGAGGACCGAAGCCUUUUCGCCAGUUGUGAGACGUCGCAUUUUUGCCGGCAAUUUUUUCAACUUGAAAGAGUGAGUUAAAAAAAUUUUUUAUGGAUGCUGGAAAAAAUAUUGGUUCGAAUUUUACACCUAUUACAAGGCUGCUAGUAAAGUUGCUGGAGCGAUUUUUGGCAUUGCACAGAAAAGUCAGGGUGCGAGCGACGCCCCCAAAAAAGCCUAUUGCACAGUGCAAAAUGCAAGAAAUUGCACUGUGCAAAAGCGACAAAUUGCACGGUGCAAAGUGACCUUUUGUUUUUGCACGGUGCAGAAAAAGUCAGGGUGCGAGCGACAGCUUGAAAAAAAGCCAUUUGCACGGUGCAACAAGCAAUAAAUUUCACGGUGCAAAGUGACCUUUUGUUUUUGCACAGUGCAUACUUUUGGCUUUUGCACUGUGCAGAAAAAGUCAGGGUGCGAGCGACACCCCAAAAAGUCCGAUUGCACAGUGCAAAAGCGACAAAUUGCACGGUGCAAAUUGAACUUUUGUUUUUGCACAGUGCAGAAAAAGUCAGGGUGCGAGCGACAGCUUGGAAAAAAGCCAUUCGCACAGUGCAACAAGCAAUAAAUUUCACGGUGCAAAGUGACCUUUUGUUUUUGCACAGUGCAUACUUUUGGUUUUUGCACAGUGCAGAAAAAUUCAGGGUGCGAGCGACACCCCAAAAAAAAGCCUAUUGCACAGUGCAAAAGCGACAAAUUGCACGGUGCAAAGUGACCUUUUGCUUUUGCACAGUGCACACUUUUGGUGUUUGCACAGUGCAGAAAAAGUCAGGGUGCGAGCGACACUCCCAAAACAGCCUAUUGCACAGUGCAAAAAGCAACAAAUUGCACAGUGCAAAUUGAAUUUUUGUUUUCGCACAGUGCACACUUUUGGGUUUUGCACUGUGCAGAAAAAGUCAGGGUGCGAGCGACACCCCAAAAAGUCCGAUUGCACAGUGCAAAAAGCAACAGAUUGCACGGUGCAAAGUGAUCUUUUGUUUUUGCACAGUGCGUGUCGCCGAAAUCGCCCCAGCGACUUUGCGAACGGAGUGGAAUGGGAUUUUUAGCCCGCUGUUUGCAGAUUUAUUGAGAUUUUUUGAUCGAAAAAAUUUUUGCAACGGUUUUUUUCUGGGUUGGAAAUUGGGAUUUUUAUACUUUUUGACUAUAAAAUUUCUUGUGGAUUUUGAUGGAACUUGGCAAAAUUGAGAUUUUUAGAAGUUUUAAUUCCAAUUUCAUAAAAAAUUUUUUUUGUUUAUAAGUCAGAAACAAGGUUUUUGUAUCGUGAAAUUGUACAUUGUUGCUAUAAGUCUAUAAUCCGUCUUUGUUUCUUAUCAAUCUGAUCAAUGUUUCGUUGCAAGAGUUUGGGGAAGUAAUCCUGCUAUCAAAACGAGCAUUCGGCGGACUUUGUAGUUUGAAAAAUAUUUUUUUCAGCUAACGAGGGAAUGGUCUGAACUUCCCCCAGCGUUCGGGAAAAUGACUAGUACAGGUGGAUAGAGCAGGUCAACUUUGGUAAAAAGAACCAUUUUCCAGCUGCGAAAUAAGCCUAGCCGACGAGAAAAAUCGACCGAAAGUUCCACAAAAAUUUCCUCUUUCUCUUCCCUCGGAAAAGAAGAGCGGUGUCCAGUGGUUCGAUUAGCCGAGUGGAUAAAGCAUCCGCUCGAUAUUCUUUUGAGGGUUGGUUCGAUUCCGGGGACCGUGACAAGGCUUCGAUGAGCAAGAUAAAAUUCUGACAACCCAAAAAAAUUAUUUUGCCUUUUUCAAAGACAAGUCUAUCCCCAAACGAGUAUAACUUCGACGUUCCAUCGCUUUGAAGGUUCGUAAACACCCAAAAAAUUCAUUUGUUGACGAAUAUUGUUUUGGUAUAAUGCCCCUAUAAAACGUAUAAAAAUGGCAAAAUAUAUUUUUUUUGGUUAUUAGAGUUUGAUCUUGCCCAUCAAAGCUUUACACGGUCCUUCGCGAGACCCCGGAAUCGAACCAACCCCCAAAAGAAUAUCGAGCGGAUGCUUUAUCCACUCGGCUAACCGAACCACUGGACACCGCUCUUCUUUUCCGAGGGAAGAGAAAGAGGAAAUUUUUUCGGAACUUUCGGUCGGUUUUUCUCGUCGGCUAGGCUUAUUUCGCAGCUGGAAAGUGGCUCUUUUUAGCAAAGUUGACCUGCUCUAUCCACCUGUACUAGUCACUUUCCCAAACGCCGGGGGAAGUUCAGACCAUUCCCUCGUAAAAAAAGAUAAAUUUUUCAAUUUUUUACCGGAAAAGUCUUGAUGAUUCUGCAAAACGCGAGCUAGAAAGAUCACAAAUGUAAAUUUGCGCCAAGUUUCAACAAAAUCUGAGGAUUAUUUUUCCUGGAAUUUGAAAUUUUGUCCACCUUGGUCCCCCCUGACGGUGAAAAUAAUUUUUUUUCGUUUUUAUUUGAAAAUGGAUUUCUAAAAAAAUUAAUAUGCGGUUUUAACUUUUUUACUGGCAUAUUAAAUUUUUAAACAUCAAGUUUUCACUGAAAAAAUCGAAAAAAUCGCAAUUUUGGGAGAUUUUUGGUCAAAAAAAAAGAAAAAAAAUCAAAAAAAAUUUAUGAGCGAUAUAAAUAUAAAUUUGUUUCCAGAAACCGCGGAAAAUAUUUCCUCCAAGCCGCCAAAGUCCGCCGCCUCAUUCAACAAGAUUUUCAACGGGCUUUCGGCCAAGUUGACGCCCUAUUGGUCCCUUCAACCUCACAUUCAGCGCCCCUGUUCAGCGAAGUCCUCAAGAAAUCGCUGGAGGAAAAGCGAAAAGACGAUUUCUUCACGCAAUCCGCAAAUCUCUGCGGAUUGCCGGCGAUUUCCGUCCCUUAUGGCCACUGUGGCCUAGGAUUUCCGAUCGGAAUGCAGCUGAUUUGCGAUUAUUUGAAGGACGAAAAGUGCAUUCAAUUAGGAAAGUUUUUACAUGACAUUAGAUGA